AACUAUGAGUCCAACAGUUAGGAAUGCCACCAUUUACUGUCUUUAUGAAAAUGGUAUCCUUUAACAUGUUAUGGAAGCUCUUUGUAGUUGUGGCCUUCGAGCUCUCUGCCACUGUCACCUCUACUGAUAUAUCCCAGGAGCAAUUCAAAGACCUAGUGGAGAGCAGAUUCUCCGUCAAGGUAGCAGAACAUGGCACGGAGUCUCAAAAUGUACUAAAACCGAGGGAGACUGAUACUGAGGGGGAAGAACCACCUAUGUUUUCUGUGGAAUGGUAUCUGUUACCCAAGCCAGAAAACAGAGCAUGUCUGCUUGAGAAAUUGCCAUUUGAUAUGGCCAAAGACGUUCCAGAAGACUGCGAUGAACCAAUAGAUGCCGCACUGGAAAAACGUAUUAGGAAGUUUUUCUCGUUGAGAGGUUUGAUAUUCACAAGUAUGAGCUCAUAUCCUGGACUUGAAACCAAUAACGUUGACCAGCCAAAUAAGGCAUCCUUCGUAAGCAGAUUGUUCGGUAAGAAAGGGGAACAUGACACCAAACCUCAUGAGAUACCCCAACCAAUAAAUACUGAAACUGAAGAAAAUACUGAUCCAGAAGAGCCACCUAGGUACUCUGUUGAAUGGCAUUUAUUACCAAAGCAGGAAAAUAGAGAUGCCCUACGUUAUUUCAUGCCAUGGUAUAUCUCAAUUUCUGUGCCAAAAGAUUGUAAUGAACCAAUAGGACCUUAUUUAGAAAAACGUAUUAGGAAGUACUUCUCAUUGAAUAUUGUGGACUGGUUUUUGUUACCCUUUCCAGAAAAUAGAGCUGCCUUACGUAAAGCGUUACCAAGCGAUAUAGCAGAAGACGUUCCAGAGGACUGCAACAAGCGAAUGUGGUGUGGACUAGAGGAAUAUAUUCAGAAGUUUUUUGCGUUGUAUGCCGCUACAUGGUACAUGCUACCAGAGCCGGAAAGUAGAAAUGCCUUACGUUAUGUCUUGCCAAAGGAUUUAGCUGACAAGGUACCGGAGGACUGUAAUGAACCUAUAGAGACCGAAGUGGAAAAACGUGUUAGGAAGUAUAUCUCAGAGGCUUUCCAACAGCAGAGAUUACACUAUUCAUGGUCAUAUGCAGGCAGUUCGUAAAUCACAAAUGUUGGAACACCUUUGGUGAAU